AAGGUUGCUUAUAAUUGAGACCGAUGAGAGUAUAAUAAUUGUCACGCAAGAUCUGUCCCUAUUUAUAACGUUUUACAACACUAAGAAUUCAAGAACUACAAUGGCUGCAAUUGAAGAAGAGGUUCAGCUUUUGGGUGCAGUGGGAAGUCCAUUUGUGAUAAGGGUUCAAAUUGCUCUAAAAUUGAAGGGAAUUGAACACAAAUAUGUUGAAGAAAAACUGGGCUAUUUGAGUGAAACACUUCUCAAUUACAAUCCAGUUUACAAGAUGGUUCCAGUUCUUGUUCAUAAUGGGAAGCCUAUUUCAGAAUCACGUGUGAUUCUUGAGUAUAUUGAUGAGGCUUGGAAACAAAACCCUAUCUUGCCCAAUGAUCCUUAUCAAAGAGCCUUGGACCGUUUUUGGUCUAAGUUCAUUGAUGACAAGUGUGUGGCUGCUGCAUGGAAAUCUGUUUUUAUACCGGAUGAGAAAGAGCGCGAGAAGGCUCGCGAAGAAUUAUUCGAGGCUCUGCAGUUUCUUGAGAAUGAGCUGAAGGACAAGUUCUUUGGAGGAGAGGAGAUUAGCUUUGUGGAUAUUGCUGCUUCCUUCAUCACUUUAUUUCAAGAUGUAGCAGAGUUUCUGUUGUUCUCCGGUGACAAAUUUCCGAAGCUACACAAAUGGAGUCAAGAGUUUUACAACCAUCCAGUCGUCAAAGAAAUUAUGCCGACAAAAGAACAACAACAUGGAUUUUUCAAAGCUCGCGCUGCAAGCAUUGCUGCUGCAAACAAAGCUGCUGCAUCAAAAUAGAUUAGUAUAAGUACUUGACUGUUUUGAGUUAUUGGUUGUUUGAAUUUCAGUUCAAAUGGAAUAAUACUAUGUGAUUUCUCAUGUGUCACAAAGGUCCUGAAAGAAUAUUGUUGUCAUUUUCGCUAUUUCAAUCAAUGAAAGAAUUGUUAACAAGUUGCAUGUAUGUAUAAGAUAUA